UCUGGACAGCCAGAAACCCAGGAGAGGCCACAGCCCAUCGCUCUCGUCUCUUCUCCGCCGCGAGCUGAGCCAAUUAUUCCCCACCGCCGCCGCCGCCGUCUACUCGCUCUCGCCGCCGCCCGCGACUCCCCCCUCCUCGGCCGCUCGCACCCUCGCCGCGUCGACGCUCGAUCGCUGUUCGCGCUUCGCCUCCUCCCAAUCCUCUCCGCCAUGCAUCUAACCCUCGAAUUCGGGGGAGGGCUGGAGCUGCUCCUGGAGAAGUCCACCAAGGUGCACAAGGUGGACCUCCAGCCCAACGACGGCGAUGGGAAGGUCGUGAUGAAAGGGUUGCUCGCUUGGGUGAAGUCCAAUCUGAUCAAGGAGAGGCCGGAGAUGUUCCUCAAGGGUGAUUCAGUAAGGCCUGGUGUUCUCGUACUUAUAAAUGAUUGUGACUGGGAGCUAUGCGGUGGCCUUGACGCGGAGUUGGAGGAGAAGGAUGUUGUUGUUUUUAUCUCCACAUUACACGGUGGUUAGUACAACUAUUAGGACUACCGAAAUCACCACUGAUAUCAUGUUGCUAAAUGCAUCUUGUACCAUCAGAAACAGAGGUUGUGUGCCAUAAAUUUCUGGAGAGAAUGGAUUGUGGAGAGGAAUCUGCUGAAGUUGAUAUGGUCAAUUUCUGUAAUGAAAAGGCAGUUGUCAGUUAUGAAUAUUCAAUAUCACAGAUUUGCAGUAUACUGAUCCUGUAUUUUCCAA